ACUCCUCUGACUGCCGAGACGCCGCAGAGUUUGAUCCGCUGCUGGGGCUGCAUGUAGCCGGAGCAUCAGCUGGAAAAACAACCCCGGCACAGAUCCAGCUCAACUUCUCAAUAAGGAUUAUAAAUAAAUAAAUUCGGGGUGGUAGAGAAGUCAUGGCUGAACACAUGAUGAUGCCCAUGACCCACGGCUUCAGGAUGGGCAUGAACGGGCCACCGCAGCACAACGGCCAGCCCGGCCUGCGCAACCUGCCCAACGGCCAGGUCAUGCACUACGGCAGAAACCCCCAGAACAACAUGGAGGCAGCCAUGAGGCAGAGGCCUGGCAUGGUGGGGCCCGGAGGCAUGGCCGGCCAGGUGAACGGAGCUCCGAUGGCCAACCACCACCACCAGAUGAUGUCUGGGAACAUGAUGUACAACGGCCAGGGACCUCCACAGCAGCAACAGCAGCAUCACCACAUGCAUCCCCAACAACAGCAGCAGCAGCAACAAGGUGGACACCCUCAGCAGUACCUCCCGGGAAAUCUCACUUCCCAGCAGCUCAUGGCCAGCAUGCAUCUGCAGAAACUCAACACUCAGUACCAUGGACACCCGCUGGCAUCCGCGAACGGCCACCACCUGCCCAACGGUGCGCAAUACCGUAUGGGCCCAGCCCAGCUUUCGGGCAUGCAGCAUAUGGGUGGCCCCUUGGGUCUAAAUGGCAUGGACAUGGAUCUGAUAGAUGAGGAGGUUCUUACUUCACUCGUGCUGGAGUUUGGGCUGGAUCGUGUUCAGGAGCUGCCCGAGCUCUUCCUGGGACAGAACGAGUUCGACUUCAUAUCGGACUUUGUGUGCAAACAGCAGCCAAGCACGGUCAGCUGUUGAGCAAGUUGGCCAGAAGAAGAGGAACAGUACUGGUUGGUUUAGGCCUGGUUGGACUGGACACCCCAAAGAAUGACUGAGCGGCCACAGUAGCACAGCAAGAGGAGACAAUCUCUCUGUUCUGUUUGGGUGUUUCUGUGUUUGUGUAUUUGACAAUGUCUUGUAGGCCGUCACAUUGGCCGGUCAGCAAGAUUAUGAAGAAUUGUAAUGGCAGAAAAAAAGAGCACCAGGUUUCUCCUUAUUGAGCUGGUGCCAGUAAGAUCUGAGGUCUUGGGCCAAAAUUGAGCCAUCCUGAUGCAGCGGGCUUUGUUUGUACCCAUCUGGCCCUCAGCACAUGUCUGCAGUGCCAAGGCUUUGGGAUGAUUGUAACUAAUAGAAUUGGAAAGACAGCUGAAGACUAUCCUUCUAGGUCUACUAGAUUCUACGGCGUCUAUAAAUGUAUUUUAUCGCUGAUGACACCUUCAACUAGUAGCAGACAUUUUACAGAUCGAAUUUAUAAAUGUUAGUUCUCUGAAUUUGUUUAUACAAGGAUUAAGGGAUCUAAGAGAGAUAGUAAAAAGCGUUUUCUUUUUGAUGACUCUGCAUAUUGAAGGCUGGCUCUUCAAAACUGGUUCAGAAGGUUGCUACAAACCUUGAGAUUUUCACAUUUCCUUGAAGAGCGAGAAAGUGAGGUUCUGCAGCAUUCCUGGGUGAUGGGGUUUAUCAUGGAUUGGCCAGAUAAAAUGUGCUACAUUAUUUUUGUUUUGUUUUUUUAAGUGUCCAAUGUCAUUUACUUGAGUCAGAUGAAAUCUCCUGUCUAUCAUUAAAUGUAAAAGGCUCGUGUGAAUAUACAUGUCCACUAUGCCUCUGUUUCCUGCUACUGAGAAUUUACUGUGAUUGAAUCAUUGGCGAAGUAAUGCAUUGCUUAGAGCAUCGGCUAAACAAACAUUUAUUUGCAGAACGUUUUCUGAAAUCCACUGUUCCAAGUCAGACAUCUGGGGGCUCAUGGCAAGAGAAGCCUGAGUCACUACUUAAUAGAGCAGCAAUUUGUCUCUACGGGAGAAGAGUGGGGGAGGGAGAAGCCUAAGUAGUAUUUAAGGAAUGGCAUAACUGUGGCCUAUUUAAAUGUCUAUGGCACAAGUGCCAAGAAGGGUCAAGAAAAGUCAAACAAAAAAGCAGCCAGCCCCAUCAAAAGCUGUUAGUCACAGAUCUGAGGGGUGGCUUUGAGUAAUACAGCAUCGAGGAAUACGUCCACUCAUCGGGAGGGAUUUAAAAAUACAACUGAGUAAUCGCAUAAUUUACAUUGGUGCGUUAUUUGUGACGUCUGUGAGUGGUCAGUGCGGCGAGGUGCUUGAAAGUCAAUGAAUGGCGUCGUCUUCCCCAACCGCUGCCCGGUGUGUUGAGUGUAUGUGGCUGGCUGAGUGGAGGCAGCGCAGAGAGAACUGAACUGAAGAAUUCGGCGAGUUUGCGAUGUGUGGACACAACACUCACCCAGCAGCACUUAGUUUAAUCAUUAUUUAAAGCUGCCACUACCUGUGGCAUUGAUUUCAUUAGGCAGGAAGACCAAGCGAAGAGCACAGCCGUGCAAAGUUGUUGUUUUUUCCAUAGAUUAGCUUACUCCGCUGGUUUUCUUCUGAUUAGAUUUAAAUUACAUGUUCACACACGCUUGUCUUAAUUGAGGUCAGCCUGCACACUCUCCAGUGACUUAAUAAUUAUAAAACGGACAUGUUCUGUGGUGCAUUUUUCUUGUUUUUUUUUCCUGUUUUUUUUUUUUUCUUUUUUUUUUUUUUUUGCAGUUGGUAAUUAGGUUUUUGCCAAGGUUGCUGCUUUGCUGCUGCUGGAUGGUUGAGGGAGAGAUGGAGAACUUCCUGCACUUGUAAUGCUAUUUGUGGAGCUGUCAGGGGGGUCGGGGCUGUGUGGGGAAGCUAGCUGGUGCACUGUGUUAAUCUGUUCCAAUACAAGUCUGCUGUCCCUCUCUCCCUCUCUGGAGAUCUGCCAUCUCUGAGCUCUCACCUCAAACAAUGGGCACUGAAACACUCAAGUUGUAAAAGGCAGAAAACCGCCAGCUUGUUCCCACUCAGUUUUAACUUUCUGCCUGGCAAACUGCAGUCAGACAAACUCGCAACCUCAGAUGAUUAAGUUACACGUUGAAAUACAUCUUCUGGCCUUAGUAAGAUAGUGGCCUCUGAUUACUGCUAUAUCAAUAAGCCUUCUUGUGUAUUGUAUCUUUGUACUGUAGACUAGAGGUGAAGUUGACCUAGAUACAUUUAAGGUACUUUUGAAAAAUUGUCAGAUGUAAAUGUAAUCAAUGGCUGAUAUUGAUGUGUUGACAAGAGAUUAUAUCAUACAUUUUACAAAUGAGUGUGUAGAUAUGAAUAUACCAAGAGUCUGGGUAUUGGGUACAGGGCCUGAAGCUUUAAGACCAAGUAGACUGCAUGUUAAACCAAGCGUGAGGGAUGCCACCACUUUCCCACAAAGCAGCUGAGAAUGUACAGUAGAAUACUUUGUGGGAACAUGUCUUAAGAUGGUAGAUAAAACGUGUGAGAUUGUACUCCUUGUUCCAAAUUACACAACUUCAUUUGGGUAACCCCCUCCCCCCCUUUCCCACUUCCCCAAAGCUUUUGUAAUGUUAUUGAUUCUAUUUUAAGAAAAUGUAUUUAUUUUCAAAUAAAAUAUUUAUUUAAAGAACUGUU